CUACAAGAAAAAAAAACGUAAGGAAAAGAUUGGAUCAAUUUCUCCCAACUGCACAAAGCACCGCUGACCAAAGCCCAAAAGAAAGUAAGUAAACAAGAUGGCGGCAAAUUUGAGUAUAGAUGAGGUACUGGCAGGGCUAGCGUCAAUGGGUUUUGAAAUCAGUGAAUGCCAAGAAGCAAUACACGCAGGAAACACAACUAUAGAAUCUGCUAUUGAAUGGCUAGUUAAUGUGAAACAGCCCAAGCAAACCUCCCAGCACUCUUCAGAGGAAUUUAUUAGAGCAUCAACAUCAUCAGUUGUACCAGCUUCUGAGGCUGUCACACCAAGUGGUUCCUUAACUUCCAGAUAUGCAGCAAGUGAAGAAAGCAGAGCUGCAAAGGAGAAUUUUCUAAGGAAAGAGAGAGAAGUGGCUCGCAUAGAAGCAAAGAAAAGGAAACUUGAAGAAAUAAAGGCCAGAGAAUUAGCAUUAAAGCAGAUUGCAGAUGACAAAGAAAUGAGGAAAAGUAGAACAUCUUACAAGUCUCCUCCAACAACAGGCGUGGCAACAACGCUACCCACUGCAACAUCAAGCUCACCAGCUGACUCACACCUCACUAUGUUACAGGUUCGACUACCUGAUGGGCUUGUAAGGAAGGUCUCUAUGGCAGCAGAUACUAUCCUUGAGAAAGCUGUAACAUCUGUCUGCCCAGAUACCUCUAUAAGGUCUGGAGAAGCUGAAAUCAUACAGCCCUUCCCUCAUAAAGUGUUUACCCCACAAGAGAUGUCCAUGAGUCUUAAGGAUGUUGGGCUACACCCUUCAGGGUCUAUCGUAAUCAGGAUGCUUUACAAUCAACAGUCAAGAGACAAUGACCAGAGUCUUGGAGUAUUACCACUUAGAGGAACAGAUCAGCCAGCAUUGCAGGAAAACCAUCAGGCUAUACCAGAUCUACCUGGGGGUGACAAUGAGCUUGAGAUACCAGACCCUGAAGACCAUGAUGAAGAACACCAACAUGAUCCUUAUGAUCAGAUGGCUGGUCUGGACCCUGGAAAUGUGGCCAUGCUUCCUAGAAUGCCACAAUUUGGCCCGGCAAGACGGCAUGUUUGGGGUGAUGGUGUUCGGCUUGGUGAGCCCAACCCUCAUGCUCGACCAUCUCAGCAUGGACAUGUAUUGCCUUCAAAUGAAGAUGCAGGACGGAGGCAGGAAAUGAUAGCUCAGUGUUUGCAAAGGUUUGCAGAAUCUAACCAGGAAGUCGAAGAUAUUCUUCAACUCCACAGAGAUGUACCAAGGUUGGAAGACCUAUGUAUCACUAAUGUCUCCCUGCGGCUGGCAGGACAGCGACACCUUCAACCACUGGUCACACUUGGUGUUUUACCACAUAAUGUGUGUGACAAAAUUAUAAGCCGACUGGUGGAAGACAAAGCCUUGACACCUAAAGUACUGCAUGCUUUUAUUUCAUGCUGCUUACGGUACAUCAAACUGGACUGCUACUUGCUUGUCACUAAUGAUCUUCUUGCUGAACUCAGGUUCCAUAGACAGCUUGUGCACUUGAGCAUAAAGUCUUGCCCAAUCAUCACAGAUAAAGCACUUGAGGCAGUUGUUGUUCUGAAAAGACUUCAAACUUUGAACCUGAGUCAGUGCACUCAAAUCACAGACAAAUGCUUCUCUUAUUUAAAAGAUUUGCCAGCAUUAACAACCCUUCAGCUUGAUAACACAAAGAUCUCUGAUAAGGGGCUGAUGUAUUUCAGUGGCCAUGCAAAUUGCAUCCAGACGCUUGUCCACCUGAGCUUGAAUGGUACAGGUGUCACCAAUCAGGGUACAGCAAGUCUGGCAGAUUGGAAGAUUCUGCGGAUCCUUGGUCUCGAGAACACCAAGAUUACAUCGCUGGAUGUGAUACGCCACCUACAGCAUCUGAAAACCCUGAAUGUGGCUUUUACUGGUGUUACUGAUGAGUGCCUGGUAGCGUUGAACUCUCACCCUUCCUUAUCCUCGCUUAAUAUUCUUCAGACCAGUGUCACAGACAGAGGUCUUCAGCACCUAAAAGGCCUUCAGUUGACACACUUAAAGUUACCAGGUAGAUUGUCUAUCACGGAUCAGGGACUCUUGGCAAUACAGGGGUUGCCGCUGUCAUCCCUAGAUCUGUCGGACUAUCGUAAUAUUACGGACUCUGGUGUCCAGUAUAUAGCUGGUAUGACAAGUUUGACGAGACUGUUACUUAGUAACACACGCCUCACAGAUGAAGGGAUGGUCCAACUAUCAGGCCUUGCCAAGCUUGUGGAGCUGAACGUAGACAGGACCGUCGUCACAGAUAAAGGAAGCCGAGUGUUGUCGAAUUUCGCGAAUCUUCAAAUCCUCGGUCUGUCUUCGACUGGAGUCACGGAUAAGCUGUUGCGUGAUGGUGUGCUCAAUCGGUGCAAGAAGUUGUGUAAGCUGAAUCUUAGCCGGACGAGUGUGACAAACCGCGGCAUCAAACACCUGGAGCUGAAUUCAUUGACUCUUCUGAAUCUCGACUGGACUCGAGUGACCGCCGACUGUGGGCUGCUACUUACAGGUUGUCCGGCGCUUAAAGCACUCCGUAUGAGUAACUGUACCCCUCCCAGCCCUGGGGACGAGUCUGGUUCAGAUGAUGAGGACCAAGGAUAGAACCGAAGGAUCUAAGACGAGACGAAUCCCUCAAGAGAUGGCGAAGAAGGAGAGGCCGGAGACAAAUGAUAGGGAAACGCCCCUCCCCCUACCACAUGUCGCACCCCAUUACGAAGGAAACGUAUUUUCCACUGUUAUAAAGAAAAAAAUGGAGUCAUAGGAUUAACUAAUAAAACAGUGAAAACUUGGACCUUGAGUGUAAAAAUUGGGAAUAAAACAAUGGGCAUGAUAUAUGUGAAAUGCGACGUUUGUUCGCUUGUUGAACAGAGUUCGUAAUAAAGAAAUAUUUAUAGUAAAA